AUCAAGCAGCAGAGCAGCACGAGGCGUCUGACUCUUUUUCUUCAAUUGAAGAGUUGCACUGACGCGCCGCUGCAUCGUUGGGCUUCACUUUACAGUUUUCGGAAGGAAUUUGUGACCAAAUCGACGGAGCACCGUUUGAUUUCUCUUCCAAUCGACAGACUUUCUCUCCCUGUCACUGCAGGAGAUCAUUGCUGCAAGUGCAGGAAACUCAGCGAGCUGAGACAGGACACAUCAAACAGGUGCGAAAAAACAGCGUACUUUUCCUGGGACUUUUUUAUUUUUGAUUGCUGGAAGCUCCCCCCGCUGUCGCCAUGAGCGCGUGCAGCAGGAAGGCCCUGACGUUGCUGAGCAGUGUCUUUGCAAUCAGUGGCCUGGGGCUCCUGGGAGUGGCAGUCAGCACCGACUACUGGCUGUACCUGGAGGAAGGCGUCAUUAUGCCUCUAAACCAGAGCACUGACAUCAAGGCCUCACUGCACUCGGGCCUCUGGAGAGUCUGCUUCCUGGCCGGUGAUGAGUCUGGUCGGUGCUUUACCAUCGAGUACAUCAUGCCCAUGAACGUCCAGUUGACGUCAGAGUCCACAGUCAACGUGCUCAAGAUGAUCCGCUCAGCCACUCCAUUCCCUCUGGUCAGCCUUUUCUUCAUGUUCAUCGGUUUUGUCCUUAGCAACAUCGGGCAUGUUCGGCCACACCGCACCAUCCUGGCCUUUGUCUCUGGAAUCUUCUUUAUCCUCUCAGGUUUAGCGCUGGUGGUGGGCCUGGUGCUCUAUAUUUCCAGUAUAAAUGAUGAAAUGCUGAACAGGACUAAAAGCAGCGAGGCCUAUUUUACCUACAAAUACGGCUGGUCCUUCGCCUUCGCUGCCAUCUCCUUCCUGCUCACUGAGAGUGCAGGCGUCAUGUCUGUCUACUUGUUCAUGAAGCGCUACACAGCAGAGGAAAUCUACCAGCCUCGCCACCCCAGUUUCUACCGCCCUCGUCUCAGCAACUGCUCCGACCACUCAGGCCAGUUCCUCCACCCAGAGGCUUGGUCACGCGGACGAAGUCCCUCAGACAUCUCCAGUGAAGCUUCACUGCAAAUGAGUGCCAGCUACCCUGCUCUCCUCAAAUGCCCCGACUAUGAUCAGGUGUCGUCUUCACCCUGUUGAGGGGACAGCCAUCACACCAGAGGCCACCUUACGGUUACUAAAGGGUCAUGGAAGAUCACUAUAGGGUCAAAACGCCAGGUGAGAACAGUUUUCUUUCAAAAAAGGAUACAACUUAGAUGUAGAUUAUAAGUUUGUUUUUCAGGGAGGAAAAUAUCUGCGGGGGAGGACUUGGAAAUAUGUCCCUCUGAGCUGGUUGUGUUUUUCAAUAGGGUCAAAGAUGCUUAUUGGGAGUUUGUUGUUGUAGUAGAGCCUAUAUCUUUUAUAGUCAGAGGAACAGUCUAAGGUUUUAGAAAAAAAUCAAUACAUGGUUGUGGUGUUUUUCUCUCUGAGAAGGUCUCAAAGUUUUUCCAGAAGGUAUGCAGAGGACAUUUUGGUUUAAUGGUAUCUGUGCAUUUUACCCUCCAGCGCCUCAUAGUUUUUUUUUUUUUUUUUGUGAAUGUCUUUGCUUCCUCAUUUUGCAAUAAAUAAAUGUCCCUCAUGCUUUGGGACCUUUUUUGAUCAAAAACUUAAUCAUGGCAGUUUUGAUGGAUUAUGUCACACUGGAAUAAUAUAAGGAUGUGCAAUGUUUCAGUUUGCCAAUAAGCAAGAAAAUUAAACUGUUGUUGUUCCAUUAAUGGAAUUUUAGCCAAUCAUUUUGUCCCAUAAUGUGGAGCAUGACUACGGAAUAGAGACGCCACUUGAAACCCAAGUCUGAACUGGGAUUUUGCCUCUUUGGUUCUAUUUUUGUGAGUUUUGUGAGUGAUGUUGUGCAGAUCAUAGUGAAAUGCAUCCUGUCCAGUGAAUGAGGGGGUGUGCUGAAUGCACUUUUGGUACUUUCAUGGCCAGACUAGUGUGCAGAGUUGCAAAUAUGGAAAUAUACAGCACUGCCAAGAACAGAUGUCUCAUAAACUGAGUUCACUUUUCUGGACAUGACCCAAUAGUCACUUUGUUUUCCAUGUGUAAUACUAAGCAAUUUUGUCAUCACAAUGAGCCAUACAGUAAUCAUCUCAAGCAAGAUACUGUAUUAACGGUUAUUGAAUCCGUCACAAGAAACAGAUAAUAAACAGUUAUCAUCAUCUGCCCUGCAGUUUCAUAUUGGUUCAUGUCUACAAACAUCUACCCAAAAACAAAACCUUUCAAUUAGCCAAACCUGUCCCUGUUCUCGCACAGUGAAACACCACAGAGCAAAGACUUGUCAAAUGUGACGCAAUAAAAGGACAAUCCACGGAGAAUGUUUAUUUACAAUGUCACAUUCAGCUGUGGUCAUAAGAUUCAGUCAUGCUGCCACCUUGUCAACUAUCACCUGAAGAUAGGAGGAAACAGCCUCUCUUCAAAGUCUCUUUGAAGUCUGCCAUCAAAACUGUAGAUUUUUUUUCCAGGCAAUGCUACAUUUACCCACUGGGAGGCAGUAUUUGGUCUUUUUUUGAAGUGACAUUUCACCUUCAAAAGUCACAGUUCACAGUUUUUCUCUGUUUAAUUCACAGUUUGUGACACAAAAAAAAAUCACGAUCCUCAAAUCUGUAGUUUAUACUUUUCUUGUAAAUUUCACACAGACUUCAAAUGUAUAUGUAUAUUUAAAUAUAUUCAAUUGAUUCAAUGAUGCGCUGAGUUAGUCUUGUUGGUAAAUGGGAUGGAUUACACUGCUUUUAUAAUAAACUGUAUUGAUCUCAAA